UCAAAGAAAACAGAAAAAACACCCCUACACAUCAUAGUAAGCGCCUUGGCAACACUGGAAAAGAAAAACUCCCUUUUAACAGGAAGAAAUCUCCAGCAGAACCAGGCUCAGGGAGGGGGCCAUCUGCCAGUUGGGGUGAGGGGAGGAAGACAAGACAAAGAUCUUAACUGUAACCCAGUAUUUUCUUUCUGUUCUUCCUUUUUUUAAAAGUUGAUUCAUUUAUAUUGUCUUUGUAUUGUUAUAAGAGAGGAACUUCACUUACCAUGAUACCCAUGUCCCAGUGAGGAUAGCUUUUAACUACAGUCUUUUUUUUUCUUUUAAUCAAGUUGUUUUUUAGAAUAAAACAAUGUUAAUCCUUUCCCAUGAGAGCAUUUGAUCCUUUGAGCCCAAGGUCUUGUUAAAAAGCUAAACUAAACAAUACAAAGAUUAUUGUAUCCUAAUACUAAACACUGUCUCCUAGGACACCAUCCUUCCACUUGUGAGCAUCACUCAGGGACAUAUUAGGUGCAUACCACAAUCUCAUGGCCUGAGGCAGCACAACAUACAACAUGUGAUAUUCAUUCUGCUUUGCUGUGUUUUGUAGCCUGCAGAGUUUGUCUUGAUAAUGAUAUGUAAAACACACCAAUGACUCAUUAAUAAUCACUAAAUUACUCCAGAGUCUCACCUUUCUUUUAGGCACCAAAAGCGAGUCAGAACAUAAAUCCUAAAAGCAUAUAAAUCAAAUUAUGGCUGAUGGUUAUUUUGAAUGUAAGAUAAGGGAAUUGUAGGAGAAAGGGUUCAGGGUUGGAGUAGAUCAGUGUGAGUCAAUUUAACAUUUUUUAUAUUGAUAGAAGUGCAGCUGUGUGUAUGUUCUAAAAGUAAUGUACUCACAUGUAAUGUAGUGUAGAAGCCUUGUUUAACACUGGACUACUAUGUGACUUUCCUUAUCCCUGAAGGAUGAAUACCUAGUCAGGCAUAACACUAAGAGAUGAGACAGCUCAUGUCUUUCUUCAUUAUGGUCAGGUGCCCAUCCCAGUUCCUUGUUGUUGUUGCUUGUUGUGAACCUCAUGUUCUUUUUCCUUUGAUCAUAAGUCCCAGGGAAAUAGUGUCAAUCUGACAGUUGCAGCAUGAGACAGAGAGCAUAUAUAUCAUACAGGGCAGCAUCUCUUACUUGAUGCCAAAGACUAUACAGUUAUUUGUGCACCACUGGUAGGGGUGGAAGAUACAGCAGAUUGAUAGAAAGCAUUUUCACUACUAGAUUGAGCUAAUAAUAAUCCACUUAUGUUGGCCAGAUACUGCAUGUUAAAUUUCUUUAAAUGUUGUGUUUGUGUCAGGAUAAGUUAAUGAUGUAUUUUUUCUGUGGAUUAUCAUUCUUCAUGCUUUUUCUUAACAAGUUAACUGUUUUGUUUUUUGUUUGGUUUUUUGGUCAUGCUAUUUUGCAGCUCAUUCAGUAUUUGAUGGAUUAACCUAAGUUAUUUUGUUGAAAUUUCUAUAAGUUUUGUGAAAUUUACUAUCAGAUGUAUAUAGUUAUUUAUUUUCCAGAAAGGAUGAACCCUUUAUGGAUGACAUUAACUAAGUAUAGUCUUUCAUGGAGAAGAGCUAGGCUUGUCCUCUUUAGUCUUUUGUGGACAGGGAUUUUUGCCUAUAGCUCGUACCAAGAUCAAUGUGAGAUAAUUCCUGGCACGAUGAGCCUACCUGCACUGGAAAAAAAGGGGGACAUCAUAUUAGGAGGACUCUUCUCCCUCCAUGACAUGGUGGUGGAGCCCAGUCUGUCUUUCACUUCUACACCUCCGUCUACACAGUGCAUGAGGUUUAAUUUUCGGACAUUCCGUUGGAUGCAAACUAUGAUCUUUGCCAUUGAGGAAAUUAACAGAAAGGGCAAUCUCCUUCCGAACAUCACACUGGGCUAUAAGAUAUAUGAUUCAUGCAGUACACCCCAUCAGGCUCUAAAGGCUGUAUUAGAGUUAAUGGGUACAGAGAACAAUUCAGGAGGAAAUACACACCAGCAAGGCGUCUGUCGUGAGUCCAUACCAGCAGUGAUUGGAGAUGGGGGCUCUACUCAGUCUCUUGUAGUUGCUCAUUUCUUGGGAGUCUUUCAUGUGCCACAGGUUAGCUAUUUCUCAAGCUGUGCAUGUCUCAGUGACAAAAACAAGUUCCCCGCCUUUUUAAGGACCAUGCCCAGUGACUUCUUCCAGGUAGAUGCACUACUACAACUUGUCAAGCAUUUUGGCUGGACUUGGGUGGGUGUGAUUGCAGGGGAUGAUGAUUAUGGUCGUGGUGGGGCUAAUAUCUUUAUAAAUGAGGUUACAAAGUUGGGUGCUUGUGUUGCUCUUCAUGAAAUUAUACCUAAGAACAGAGCGCAGAGCACGAUAUCAUCUAUUGUUUCCAACAUCCAAUCAUCUGGGGUUUGGGUGAUUCUGGUGUUUGCUGUGGAACAAGAUGCAGCAGUUCUGUUUGAUGAAGUGCUCAGAAUGGAGCUUGCUGGGAUACAAUGGCUGGCCAGUGAGGCUUGGAGCACAGCUGCCAUUCUUUCCACCCCUAGAAAGUACCAUCACAUCCUCCAGGGUUCGAUGGGAUUUGCCAUUCGGCGAGCAGACAUACCUGGAUUGCGAGAUUUCCUUCUUCGUUUGAAUCCCUUAAGCUCAGAUGCAAGUAAUGAUCCCUUCCUGGCACCCUUCUGGGAAGAGGUGUUUCAGUGCAGUCUGGGUGUACAGGCUGAAGAUCAAAAAUAUAAUACUGAGGGUAAACCUCCAUGCUCUGGAACAGAAGAGUUGCAGAGCAUAGCAAAUAUCUAUUCAGAUGUGUCACAGCUAAGGAUUUCCUACAAUGUCUAUAAAGCUGUGUAUGCCCUUGCCCAUGCAAUCAAGGCUAUGAGAAGCUGUGUGAAAGGAAAAGGACCAUUUCUUCAGCAAGCAUGUCCAGAUAUGGACAAUAUAAAGCCAUGGCAGCUGCUUCAUUAUAUAAAACAGGUAAAAUAUUUCAACACUUUUGGUGACGAAACAAAGUUUGAUGAGAAUGGCGACCCUACAGCCAUGUAUGACCUUGUUAACUGGCAGCUGAAGCCAAAUGGAAAAAUGGAUUUUGUCACUGUAGGUAAAUUUGAUGAGACGACUGCAGCUUCACACCAUAAACUUCAAAUCCAGGAAGAGAACAUUUUAUGGACUGGUAACCAAACCAAAGUUCCCUUGUCAGUAUGCAGCAAUGUUUGUCCCCCAGGGACCCGGAAAGCAAUCAGACCUAACUUCCCUAUCUGCUGCCAUGAUUGUGUGGUUUGUGCAGCUGGGGAGAUUAGCAAUCAGACUGAUGCCAUAGAGUGUAUCCGAUGCCUGCCAGAGUUCUGGUCCAGUGCUGAGAAGACUGCCUGCAUCCCCAAACAGAUGGAAUUCCUUUCCUUUAGUGACACUAUGGGAAUCAUUCUGAUGGUUAUUUCCCUCACUGGCAUCUUCAGCACCUGCUUUGUGGUCUUUAUAUUCUACUGUCACAGAAGCACCCCCAUUGUUAGGGCUAAUAACUCUGAACUGAGCUUCCUGCUACUCUUGUCUUUGACUCUGUGUUUCCUGUGUUCCCUGAUCUUCAUCAGUCAGCCCUCUAAGUUGUCCUGCCUGCUGCGCCACACAGCAUUUGGAAUUACCUUUGUCCUCUGUAUCUCCUGCAUUCUGGGGAAAACUAUAGUGGUCCUAAUUGCCUUCAAGGCUACACUUCCAGGCAGUCAUGUCAUGAAAUGGUUUGGGCCUUUGCAGCAAAGGAUAAUCAUUACCUUUUGUACACUUGUCCAGGUAAUCAUCUGUACAGUAUGGCUGGUUGUUGCUCCCCCAAUGCCACAAAAACUAAUGCCACGUGAUAGCCCUAUUGUCAUUCUUCUCUGUGACAAAGGUUCCCAUCUAGCAUAUGCUCUGGUCCUGGGCUACAUUGGCCUGCUGGCUUGCCUCUGUCUCGUCUUGGCUUUUCUGGCGAGGAAACUUCCGGACAAUUUCAAUGAGGCCAGAAUCAUCACAUUCAGUAUGAUAAUUUUUUGUGCUGUGUGGAUAGCAUUUAUUCCUGCCUACAUCAGCUCUCCUGGAAAGUACUCCACAGUCACGGAGGUGUUUGCUAUCUUGGCCUCAAGUUAUGGAUUGCUGGGCUGCAUCUUUGCCCCCAAGUGCUACAUAGUCCUACUAAGGCCGGAAAAGAACACAAGGAAACAUCUCAUGUCCAAAACAUCAGCAUCCAAAAGAUUUUAGAACAUUUUAUUAAUUUAAUUUUGGAACUUACAGUCACUUGCUAUUUUUCACAUAGUUUAAACUAAUUAAUCAGCUAACAGUUGUGUGUAUUUGAUUGGGAAAUAAAUGCA